AUGGCCAACAAUCUGAGCCGUCAGGCCUACAAGUCUCUCAAGACACUGAGUACCAUUAAUGAGGGCACACACCGCAUCAGCACCCCUCUUUGCAUCCUGUGGAUACGGAAAAGACUGGUUCAUGUGUUGCAUCAAGAACAAGGUGUCCAGCAUCAUCCAUUUGCAAAGGCGGCCGGGGAGUCUGCAACAGCUGGCCCAGCGGUGGGGCCUCUUGUUCCCCUCGCCCUGCAGCCGCUCGCCUUCGCUGGGAUAGGACAGGGGCGCCUGGCUGAGGGGCGUUACAGCCUCUGUGUAGAGAGGUGGGAGGUGGUACUGGAGGACUUAAGCAGGUAUUGUCCCAGGAUGAACAGCCGCUGA